GCGCGCGGGCGGGCGCUGGUGCGCGUGCGGAGCGCACAGCUGCGGAAGCUGCGCGCGGCGCUGGCGCUGUCCUCGCGCGGUGUGCGCGUGCGCGGCGAGGCGCCCAGUCUGCAGGCACUGCUGUAGGCCAGUGACUUUUGCAGCGGCAUGAGCGCGUCGGAGCGCGCGGAGUGGCGGCUGGGCGACGAGGGCCGGCACGUGCUGCUGGUGGCGUCGCGCGAGGAGCUGGCGGCGCCCAGCGCGAUCACGCUGCCGGCGCCCGAGCCGGCGCCCGGCCUGAUCCUGCCCGACGGGUCCAUCAACUGGGGCUGCCCGUGCCUGGGCGGCAUGGCCACCGGCCCGUGCGGCACGCAGUUCCGCGACGCCUUCUCCUGCUUCCACUACAGCGAGGCGGAGCCGAAGGGCAGCGACUGCUACGAGAAGUUCAGCGUGAUGCAGGACUGCAUGGCGCAGUAUCCCACGCUGUACGCCAAGGACGACGACGACGACGACGAGCUCGCCGCCGCGCUCGACGCUGCAGGCGACGUCGCGCUCGACGCUGCAGGCGACGCCGCGCCCGCCGCCGAGCCCGCCCCCCGCACCCCCGCGGCCGAGCCCGCCGCCGUCGCCGCCGCCGCCGCCAGCGCGGAGCACUAGGGUCACCGACAUUCAACGUACAACCACAUAAUUCCAACUAUAGUUCUCUGCACGACUCUCGACAUCACUGGGUGUAUUAACGGGCAGAAGAUGUUUACCAGAAGUGAAUAAUAUUAUGGGGACUAUUUCGUAUCUCUGAAAAAAAAUCCGAAAUUAACAUUCACAGACUUUUCUCUCUAAAUCAAAUCGUAAAUCUUGACAAAUCGUAGUUCAGGCUUUUACAGUAGAAACACACCUCGUACAGCCAACACCUGUCCACAAAACCUAUGUUAGAAUUCGUCCUCGGUUCGAUAACUUUUUCACUACAUUGUCAUUCAAUCUGUCCACAAACCAGGAGUGGUACUCAUAGGUUGGUAUUUUGUUAUAACAUUUGGCCGCGGCUGCCGAGCUGCCGAUGAGGAAUUAGUUUUAGUUAAUGAUGAAACUGCUCCGGUACAGUGUUGUAAAUAUUUGAGUGAGUUUUGAUAGCAGUAAGAGAAGGUACUAUCAAAAUGUGUUAUGCGAUGAACUACUUUGAUUUUACAAAGAGAAAUAAAUACAUUACGAAAAAAGA